AUGGUCGUCGACACUUCAUACUAUGACGCCCUAGGCGUUAAACCAGAUGCCUCCGAACUAGAAAUCAAAAAAGCCUACAGAAAGCUCGCCAUCACCACACAUCCUGACAAGAACCCCGGCGAUGAAACCGCGCACGUUCGGUUUCAAGCCGUUGGCGAAGCUUACCAGGUCCUCUCGAACAAAGAGACCCGAGCCGCUUAUGAUAAGUAUGGCAAAGAAAAGGCCAUGCCUAGCCAAGGGUUCGAGGAUCCUGCCGAGUUUUUCAGCAUGAUCUUUGGUGGUGAUGCUUUUGUCGAUCUCAUUGGCGAAUUGUCUCUCCUGAAGGAUCUCACACAUACCAUGGACAUCACAAUGCAGGCCAUGGAGGAAGAAGAGCUUUCCAAAACUGCGGAAGAGAAGUUGAACGUUCAUGAUGCAAAGGAAAAACAGCCGACCGCCGCAGGCAUGAGCGCAACGGAAACCGAAGCAAGAGAAGACUCUGCACACGAGGGGCCAGCACCUCCACCGUAUUUUCCGGGGCUGGACGGGGAUGAGCCAUCGACGUCCACUGCCAGAUCAUCUGGGACUAGCACCCCGCAGAGAAGAUACGCCGGCCAGCAAGCCAUUAUGGAUCGAUCAGAAGAAGAUGCGCGAAUGGACGCUGCAGGCCUGACCCAGGAAGAGAAAGACUUGCAGAAGAAGAAAAAACGCGGCGGGCUGACCAAGGAGCAGCGGGAGAAGUUGGAAGCUUACGAGCGCGAGAGACGGCGUCUGCGAGAAGAACGAGUCGAGACCCUCGCAAAGAAGCUGAUUGAUCGUAUCAGCGUGUGGACAGAAACAGACAAGGGCCCUGAAGUCACGAAUGCAUUCCAGGAAAAGAUAAGACUCGAAGUUGAAAAUCUCAAGAUGGAAUCCUUCGGCAUUGAAAUCCUUCAUGCUGUUGGACAGACAUACAUGCAAAAGGCGACUUCCUUCCUCAAAUCUCAGAGAUUCUUGGGCAUCUCAGGAUUCUUCGCCCGCCUAAAAGACAAAGGCACUCUCGCAAAAGACACGUGGAACACGAUCUCUUCAGCCAUCGACGCCCAACUAACAAUGGAAGAAAUGGCCAAAUUGGAAGAAAAGGGCGGUGCCGAUUGGACUGACGAAAAGAAAGCAGAGUAUGAGAGGAAAGUCACGGGCAAGAUUCUGGCGGCUGCAUGGAGGGGCUCCAGGUUUGAGAUUCAGGGCGUGUUGAGGGAUGUGUGCGACAGGAUUCUGAACGAUAAGAACGUCAGAAUAGAGAAGAGGAUAGAAAGAGCACACGCCCUGGUACUGUGUGGGACCAUCUACCAAAAGGCGGAACGCGACCCGGAUGAGGAAGGCGACUUCAUGGCCUUUGAGCAGCUAAUGGCCGAAUCCAUGAAGAAGCAAGAAAAGAAAAAGGAGAAAGAGAAAGCGAAAGAAAGCCAGCCCAACGAUCAGCAACAUCGACACUUCUUUGGAGGCAACCGGGAGGCGUCACCGAAACAGCCGGCGACGACGUGA